AUGAACAGCUCCCAGUGGCGCUGGCCGGCGGGCGGCGUGGAGGCCACGGUGGUGCUGCCCUCGGUGCUGGGCGGGCUGGGCGCGGCGGGCGCGGCAGGCAACCUCCUCCUCGUGGCCGUGCUGGUCUACGAGGUGCGGCGAGGCAAGCGCUCGGCGGCCAACGCGCUGCUGCUCAACGUGGGCGCGGCGGACCUGCUGCUGGCGCUGGGCUGCCUUCCCCCGCGCGUCGCCGCCUACGCCCGGCGCGCCUGGCCCGGGGGAGGCGUCCUGUGCCGGGCCGACGGCUGGCUCCUCCACGGCUGCCUGGUGGCCAAGAGCCUGAGCUGGGCGGCGCUGAGCCACGCCCGCUACCGCCACCACCUCCGCUCGCCCGCCAAGCGCCCCGCCUGGAGCCUGGCCGGGCUGCUGGCCGCCGUGUGGGGCGCCGCGCUGCUGCUGCCUCUGCCGCUGCUGCUCUUCGGCCGGCUGGAGGAAGGGGGCGCCCGGGGCCGCCUCUUCGACUGCGCCUUCCGCCCUCCGGCCGGCGCCGCCGGCUUCAUCGACGUCUUCGGCAAGGUGUACCCGCUGGCGGCUUACGUGGCGCCCGCUGCCUUCACCUGGGCGUGCUACGGGCGGGCGCUGCGCCUCCGGGAGCGCGGCGGCGGCGGCGGCAAGCGGCUGGGCCGGCCCAGCCACCAAGUCACCCGGACGCUGCUGGGCCUCAGCCUCCUCUUCCAAGCCACGUGGCUGCCCCAGUGGCUGGCGUGGCUGUGGGAGAGGCACCGCGGCGGCCCCCCGCCCGCCCUGCUCGCCCUGGCCGAAGUGCUGCUGUUCCUCGACGCCGCCUGCAACCCCGCCGUCUUCGCCGCCACCUCGGGGGAGUGCCGGGCGGGCCUGCGGGGCCUCUGCGGGGGGCUGCGCUGCCGGGGAGGGCGAGGGGCGAGCCGCGAGCCCCCCCAGCCCAUGCGAGACCUCGACGGGGAAGCGGCGCCCGAGAACGUCCUCCCCGACGUGGAACACUUCUGGAAGGACCGGAGGAACGCGGCGCCCCGGGAGGAGAGCGACCCCGUCCCCUGGGAACACCAGUGUGACCCUUGA